AUGGGUGCAAAACGAGGUCUUUCCAUCAGCUCAGUAGCUAGCUCCAAUACGGAAAGCUGCACGAGUAGCAACAGCGCUAUCGUCGUUCCGAGCAAAUCACGACGCAAACGUACUCAGUAUCGGUCCUGUGACCAGUGCAGAACAUCCAAGCGCGCAUGCGACUUGUCAGGUUCUACCCUAUCCGCAUGCUCGACGUGUGCCACGCGUCAGAUCAAGUGCACCGCGUAUUGGCUCGGUCAAAAGAAUCCCAAGCGACUCCGCCCACAUUCUGAAGCGGCACUUGUCACACCACCAAGUCCAACCCUUGAUAGCAGCAUCGCCUCUGACGCACUUGCAGAGCAUGUCAAGGGCUGCAAGCUACGCAUGUAUGUCACCAUCUUCGAGUUUCCCUUCUCCCAUUGGCUGGCGCCAGGGUGCAAUCCCUACUUGCUUUCGUUUGAUACGCCUGACGCCGACUCUCCCGAAGGAGAGCUGGCACGUUUCAUUCGGCUGACGAGUGGAGCACACGACCAACUCCAGGGUUCUUCUACCGCGCCGUCGAGGCUUUUGAAGCAACUCUCCGUGCUUGACGCUCUCCUUCUUCACUGUCAACUACAGCAACGUGGCAUUACAAUUGAAGACAUCGGGGAGGCCAGACUUCGCAGCAUUUACGAGCGCAACAAGGUCAUCGAUGAGGCCUAUACCUGGGCAGCCGUAACGCAUGCGUCUCAAUUUACCGCCACGGCCGAUUUUUUCGCCUCUGGUGCUCAGAGAGCCGAAGCGAGAACCCGAUCCCGCACUCUGACUUCAACAGCUUGGCAAAAAGCUCGCAAGGCACUCUUUUCCAAUGUUUCUUUCAACAGCUUCCGCAACGCUUUCGCUUUCAUCAUCUUUGGAAUUACGGCCGCCCCUACACUGCACGGAACCGGUCAAUCAAGUUUCAAUGAGGAUACAGCCUUUGCUAUCGCGCAUGGUCUGAAACUGAUGCACGUCCUUUGUCAAUCAACCAAAACGUUCCUUGAUCUGCCCGGUAACCACUGCAACAAGGCCGCUCUGCACGCACUCCAAGUCGCGAUGUGGCUCAACGAAAUCUGCAAAGCCGUUCUGACGCCGGUGAUCAAUAGGUGGCUCAAAGAUGACGCCGUCGCCAUGCUCUCGGUUGGCUUGGACUCAUUGACACCAACACACGACCUAACACUGGUCCGCAAUCAGUCUUUCGUCCGUAGCCUUGUCGGAGGUGACAUGGGCUACGGCAAUCAUCAUGAUGGUAUUGUACCAAUUGACUGCUUGGCUGAUCAGGCAUAUGUCGACCCAUGGACACAGGUUGUCGAACAAGCCCAGUCCAGUCUCAUGUCCUCGGCCAUCCUCUCCUUCAAGCUUGACGCUUGUGCUGUCGGUCAACUGAUCGGGAUCGGUCAUGAACUUAACGAAGCAUCCGCCUACAAGACGCUCAUCUGGAAGAUGGUGGCCGACCUCGAAGCGGACCCGAGCAGCCCGUCAGCUAUUGAUGUUGCGAUAGCCAUCACAAAGCAAUGGCAUGUCUCGCAUGCAAUCGUGCUUGACGCAGCUUUAGCCGCCUAUGGGCGGCUCGAGCCGGAAUCAAAGACCAUGCUGGCCUUUGCCGUGCAGCAUUCCAGUCUGGGCCUCUUCUACCUUGACGCACUUGCUUCUAAGCUAAAGCGGGAUGACAGCCAAACAUUACGAGCAUGGCAGGCCAUUGAUGUGGGCAAUUUGUCGAGUGCUCGUAGAGUAGCCCAGGUCUGCGCACGAGCGCGGCAAGACGCCCUCGGAGGCCUCACCGUGACUGCGGACCAAGCUGAGAUUGAAGGGUGUCGCAACCUUGCUCAAACCUUUCCUAUGGGCCAGUGGUGUCAUCCUUUCCCCGCGCUCUUCCUGCAAGCUCAAUCAUGGGCAGCGCAUCAUCUCCUUCGACGUGCUGAAGAGUGCCCCGAAGACCCGGAGUCAGCCUGGGAAUGGAUACAGCUAGUGGACGACUGCCUGUUUUGCCUUGACAUGAUGCAUGACAGCAUGACUUGUUUCCCGUCGCAUGCCCUUGGCAAGAUGCCCCUGGAAGGCUUGCUCGAGAGGCGCGCAACCUUCCCCUCAUAUCAAUUCUGA